AUAACUGCAAACGCACGUGCAAGAUUCGUCCGGAAAAACAUUCGAAAUGCAAAGGCUCUUCAAACAUUGAAAAUAAAAGAAAACUUGACAUAAUAAUGACGCACCUAAAAGAGGAGCAUUCAGAGUCCGAAACUCGAGCCAUAUUUAAGGAGAGUAGUCAAAUCUUUCGCCGGAAUCGUGCCCUGGGCUAUGUUAGCAAUCAGGUGCCAGCUGUGACACGCUAUGUCCAGCGUCGAAGAGAUACCCUGAUUAUCACCUGCAUUGGACGCUCCUUCCAAGUAUACACGGCAGGCCACUUUCGUCUGCUUCAUGUCAGUGGAUUGCACCCUGAUGAGAUCACAGCAUUAGCCACAGACCGACUCCAUACUUACACGGCGAGCAACAAGUGCAUUUUCGCUUGGCGAGCUGGUAAGCACAUACGCCAUGUGUAUCGGGGCCAUGAACGCAACGUCCACUUGCUGCUGCCUUUUGGAACUCAUUUAAUAGCCGUAGACAGUGCCAAUGUGCUGAAAGUGUGGGAUAUUAGAUCGGAGGAAGUGUAUCUGGAUGUGCCAUUUAAACCGGAGGAAUUUCAGAUCACAGCUGUGGCUCAUCCACCCACAUACAUAAACAAAAUAGUUCUGGGCUCACAGCAGGGCCAACUAAAGAUUAUUAAUAUUAAAAAGAACACAAUUGUGUGUACGUUCAACCACCAUGAAAGUCGUGUCACUUGCAUAGAACCGGCUCCCGCCUUAGACGUUGUGGCUGUCGGUCAUGCUGAUGGUGCUAUAAUUGUGCUGAAUCUAAAAUUUGAUGAAGUGCUUAUUGCCUUCAAGCAGGAUUGGGGUAUGGUAACAGCAAUGGCCUUUCGCACCGAUGGACCACCCAUUUUAGUGUCCGCCUGCAGCAAUGGCUACAUGGCCUUAUGGAAUUUGGAGGAAAAAAAGCUCGCGGGGCAGUGGCAGGCGCAUGAGGAGCAGGUAACUACAGCCAUAUGCUUUCCCAGUGAGCCAAUUGUGUUCACUACUUCGCCAGAUAACUCGAUGAAAACAUUCGUUUUCGAUAUGGCCGAUGGUGGAGCUCGUCAAUUGCGUAUUCGCGAGGGCCACACAAAGCCACCGCUCUGCAUCCGUUAUCAUGGUGUAUCUGGUGUAUCCAUAUUGUCAUCAGGCGAGGAUAGCACCCUGCGAGUGUUCUCUACCAUUUCGGAAUCACUAAACAAAAGCAUGGGUCGGGCCACCUACAACCCCAAGGCAACCAAAAGGAAAAAUCGGUUCCAGUUUGACAAGUUCAGUAUGCCGCCUAUAUUGGAGUUUACCUCCGAGACGACACGGGAAAAGGAAUGGGACAAUAUUGCCGCAAUUCAUGCGGGCAUCAUACAGACCACUACUUGGACUUUCGACAAAAGCCGCAUGGGUGAACAUCGUCUGGUGCCCAAGCAGUUUCAGAGUAAAAAUCGAACUAACUUUGCUUGCGAAACUACAUCCCUUGUGUUGACACAUUGCGGGAAUUUCGUCAUCAUUGGCUAUAGCAGUGGCGAUGUGGAACGAUUUAAUAUACAAUCUGGUCUUUAUCGUGGUAGUUAUGGAUCCCCUGGACACGAAAAGGCCGUACGCGGUUUAGCCAGUGAUAAUCUCAAUCAAAUUGUGGUCUCUGGUUGCUCACAGGGUCUCGUUAAAUUCUGGCCGUUUAAAGGGAAAGUUGACAAACCUGUGGCUAUCCUGCGACUUGCGGAUGGGGUAUCUCUGAUACGGCAGCAUCGUGAGAGUUCCAUGAUAGCGAUCGGCUUGGAGUCCUUUAAGGUCUAUAUCGUAGAUAUGCACACGCGGGUAGUCGUCCGCAAAUUCAUUGGCCACACAGCAAAGUUGAAUGAUAUGACUUUCAGUCCCGACAGCCGUUGGCUUAUCUCCGCUUCCAUGGACUCUACAAUCAAAGUGUGGGACAUACCAUCGUCCUACAUGAUUGAUCACUUCCGUGUCGAAAGACCAUGCAUCUCUCUGACCAUGUCCCCCAAUGGUGAUUUCUUAGCCACUGCCCAUGUUAAUUUAUUGGGCAUUUAUUUGUGGGCCAACAAGACUCUGUUUAAUCAGAUCUCCUUGCGCUCAAUUGAUCCCAGAGAGGCAGCUCCAUAUGUGGGACUGCCUACCAAUGUGUGCGAUGCCAUGGAACUGGAGGAUGCUAUCGAAGAGCUUGAUAUAAAUGAUGGUGACGAGCAUCACAAUGAAGGCGAGUUGAUAAACGCCACAUACGAGACGCCCAAACAAUUGGCACCCGAGCUUAUAACUCUUUCGGGACAAGCCGCUUCACGAUGGCAAAAUUUGCUCGACUUGGAACUGAUCAAGAAACGCAACAAGCCCAAAGCACCACCGAAAACGCCGAAGCAGGCACCUUUCUUCCUACCUACCGUUUCUGGCCUGGAGAUGCGUUUCGAUGUAGGCGGUAAUGCUCCCACCUCGACGGACGGCUCUCGCGUCCUUCAGACCAAAAAUCUUAGUAAUUUAACUACAUUUGGCCAACUGCUAGAAGCAACUUCCACCAGCAAUGAUUUUAAUGCCGUCGUCAAACAUAUAACAGAACUAGGACCCUCAAUGGUUGACUUUGAGAUCAAAUCAUUGCAUCCUGAAGGAGGCGGCUCUAUGCUGGCCAUGCUGCAAUUCCUCAAGAUGAUUGAGUUUAUGUUUACGACAAAUCUAAGCUUUGAAUUAGCCCAAUCUUAUUUGAGUGUCUACUUACGCUCACAUGGCCUCAGUUUAACACACUCGUCAAACCUGGUGAAGGCGCUUCGAAGCAUAUCUCUUGCUCAGGAGGAAGCCUGGGAGCGUGUCGAAAGUAAACUGGUCUAUGGCAUUGGAGUAGUUGCAGCGCUGCGAAAUUUUUCGCGUUAGUUACGCAAUGUAGAGUUGUUUAUUUAUAGUUACGUCUUUCCAAUUUGUAUAAAUAAAUUACAAGAAAUUUUAAA